ACCAAGUCCUGUGACAGUCACAUUCACGAGGAUUGCAGCUGUCGGCUUAUAUAAACUCGGCCAACUUCAUAUUUUAUCAUACUCCAUGAUGCUGCAGUGGCUUGUCCUCAUCUGUUGCCUCUACGGACUUGCGCAUGCGUCGUCUCCUAGAAUUCUAGAUCGACCGCGCUAUCCGGCGUUUCCUAUGCAGUUUACUGCAGAUUACUCGGACAAUGUUGGCGCCACCGCUCAAGUUUUUGUGUCGUCGACAAGAAGCGAAACGGGAAGGUUUAUGGUGAGAAUUCACUACCAGAUGGUUUUGAAGCAAGUAGAACUUGCUGCAGUGCACAGCAUUGCAUUUGUGUACACGGCACCGGACGAUGUGGUAAAGACUGCACAAGUGUACAACAGAACUCUCAGCCUGCGUUACAUAACGGAUCCUGGCAAAGAGGCAUGUGACUACUCUGUUGAUCGAAUCCCUGAAAUGUUUUCUCCGAUGGGUAUAGGAGCUCUCAUGCUUGGUAGCUCAAAUGGGGAAUGUAUGGGACUGACAGUGUGUGACGGCAUGACAUACAAUGGAACUGUGAUGAGGAAUGGGAUAAAGACGGACGUCUGGUCUAAGGCUAUUGGGGAUUAUGACAAUGUGAUUGUCUACGCUGAUGCUAAUACGGGAAUUCCAUAUGAAUCUGUGGGGGACCACAAGGGCCAUGGCACAUUCAACCCGUCCACACACACAGUCACACACACCGUCAUCACACCCGGAAAGCCAAAGAAUCCAAUUCAACUGCCAAAGGGCUGGGAGUACAACUGCGGAGAUCUCGACCGAGGAGUCAAUCACAGCAAAAGCAGAAGCAGUGCAUUUGUCACGACUCCCAGCGGCAGUGACGUUGUCACCUUCAACCUGUACGACACGCCCCUACGAGGCAACACAAUCAUCAGCAUGACACUGGAUCCAUCCGAAUGCUCCGACUGUAUCGAAAUGGUCCCAAACCAUCUCGUAUUCACACCCGAGAAUUACACUCAACUUCAGGAAGUGAAAUUGGUCUACAAGAAGAACGGCACUUCACAGGUCAACAUUCGUGCAUCGGGAGGAUCGUACGACAACGUGGGAACCGACUAUUUCUUUGUCUGUGCUUGCUCUGGUGGCAUUACUGGCAUCACGUGCCACGCGCCACCUUUCAAUGUCUGUCCAUGACGUCACUAUUCUAUGAAUCAUUGGCUAUUGCUGAUAUUGAUGUUGCAGUCAGCGUAACUUAGCAACGAUUACUUAGUCGACAUCGAGACGCAUUUUAGUAGGAAAUUGCUGUUGAUUUUUGUGUAGCAUGUAGCAGCUAGCAAUUAGAAAUUUCAGUAGAAAAUGAAAUUAUGGUAUGACAGUCAUUGAUAACCUCA